UAUAGAUCAAUUGAAGUUAUUAAAAAAUGAAUUGAAUGAAUUAAAAAAUGUAUGUCUGGAAAAACAAUGUGAAAGUAAAACAUGGGAUACCAAACUUCAAUUACUCAUUGAAAUUAAAAAAGAAAUUAAAAACAAAGAAGGUGAUUUAGGUGAUAUUGAUAUUAUGAAAAAUGAAAUUCAUAGAAUGCAGAUAAGAGAAAGUCAAUUAAAAAAAAUAUUGGAAAAAAUAAUGUUAGAUUUAGAAGUAUGCAUAUCAAGGCGUGAAACAAUUUAUAAUAAAGUAGCAGCCAAGGAUAUUCGUUUAAAGGGAAAAAAUGAAGCUAAACAAAAAUUUUUGAAGAAGCUUGAUUAUUUACGAAUAAAUAUCAAAAAAAUUAAAACUGAAUGCAAAAAGUUAGAUUCAAAUAUAAGUGUUUUAGAAAAUGAUAAAAUGAAAUUGGAUAACAAACUUACAUAUUUAAAUAAUAAUAUGAUUGAUAUUCAAAAGAAUAUUAAUGAUAUCUUAAGGAAUAUCGAAGACAUUGGAGCUACAAAAAUUAAAAAUAUUCAUAUAUUAAGCUACAAACAAAACUAUGCUAAAUUUUUGGAUGCGGUUAAAAAAGGACACUACCGUUUACUGAUAAAAAAUGAAUUGAAAAUGGAUGAUGAAUUUUCAGACGAAUGGAAGAAAAAUUCUGAUUUAAUAAGUGUCGUAGAAGCUUUGAAAAACGAUUUUCCAUACUUGGAUUUUCAAAUUACACGUUUAUUAUAUAUUCUGAAAUCUAUUGAAAAUAAGUCUUAAAUUCUUAAUUGAUAAUAAUUUAUAAAAAUGCUCUAUUUAACCAACAACCAUAUAUUGUUGGUAAUUUAAGAGACAGUCUGCACGAUAUUUGUUGUAUUUCCCAGAUCCACGAGCAACAUAGAUAAAACCUAUUCACGUAAAAAUUUUUUAUAAUUUUUAAUAAUCUUAAAAUAAAAUCACCUAUUAUCAAAAUCGUUGUAAAAAAUAAAACAGACAUCUCCAUUUUUAUUAUAUCGGAUUUGUCUGGUUGUUGUACCAAUUGACGCGGAUUUUUUUUUUAUUAAUGAAUAAAAUUUGAUAUUAUUUUAUAUACAAAUACAAAAA